UGAGAAUGGCCUCAUACAGGCUCUUACCUUUAAAUCCUUAAGUGUAGUGCUUUUUAUAAGAUAGACACCUACCAGGCAUGGUGACUCAGACCUAUAAUCUCAGCACUUUGGGAGGCCAAGAUGGAAGGAUCACUUGAAGCCAGGAGUUUGAGCCCAGCCUGGUCAACAUAGCGAGACCCCAUCUCUAUUAUUUAAAAGAAAAGGAAAAAAAAAAAGGUAGACACCAAUUACUAAAAGUGGUUAUCUCUGGGACAUAAGAUAAUGGAAGAUUUUCUAUUCUUUUACAUUACUGCAUUUUUAAUCCAUAUGUAUUAUCUUUCCACAUGUAUUAUUUAUUUAAGAAGCAUAUUUUAAAAGUCCUUCAUGGAGCAUUAUUUAGUUACCUCCUUCCCUCUUUCCUCCAGGCCACAUCCUUCUAGUUUUAUUCAAAGAUUGACAACUCAGUUUUCUCUGUGGGUCAGAUGAGUGACAAAGAAGUGAGAUGGAGGAAGUGUAAGGAUGUGCAGGUGACCAGGACCCUGGUAAACCGCAGGGACCAUGCCUGGCCAAGAGGCACACAAAUCCCAAACUGGGCUAUAGGCCACCAGGCUGCAAACCUCCCCCAUGAGUGCUUUUCUCCAUUCUAUAAUUCCUGGUUCUUCAAGCUUUCUAAAUUAGUGCAUGGAGCCCCAAAAGAGAACACCUUCAUUUUGGUGAGCCAGAGGCAUGCCACUUCCUGUUGCAUCAGUAGUAACUUUGGUCUUACGCCAAGCACUCACUAGCAUGCAGCAUUUGUACCGGCAAAAGGCUGAUCAAUCUCCUAAGUCCUACGAGAGGCCACAGGAGAAGAUUCCCCUCUUUUUGAGCAAAGAUCCCAGGGAAACGGUGAUUCACAGACCUCACUCAGCAUUAGCUCGGGUGCCAUGGCAACAGGGCUCCACAUCCGGAGCAGAUGGUGCGGCAGACUGCCCCUGUCACGCGGUGCCUCUUCUGGAAGUUCUGGCCAUCUCACCAAGCAGGCUUGCUUCUGUCCAGCUGGCACAGAGUAACACCUGGUAACUAUUUACAUGGGUCAAAAUACACCCGGAGCCAGCAGAUGGCAGAGCCAGGCUGAGACGUGGGGAAAGAGGAGGGCUGGUUUGGGCUGUCUCAGAGGCAGAGGCGGCAGACAGCUCCUUUGGGGGGCACAGACAAGGCAAAACAUCGCUCCUGUUGCUGCCUGGUGUCUCCGCACAGCUAGGAGGAUGGGAAAGCAUCUAGCGUGAGCAAAGCUGAAACGAUCACAGGCUGAUCCUCAGACACUGAGAUGAAACAGCACUGGACACACUUGGUCCCCCUCCCACAGUGAGGCAGUAGAUGCUCCCAGCCCAUGGGACCUGUUGGCACCAGCCACCCUCAGCUCUUUGCUGUCUUCAGUGGGGUGGUACUGCCUGGCGAAGCUGGCAGAGGGGCCCCAUCACAGACAAGCAUCCCCACACCAGACAAGCAGCUCCAAAGCACUAGGUUCAAAACCUCAACCAAGACGACGGACGCGAUGAGAGGUAACGAGCGAGCAAUGCAAAUGAAGAGGAAGGGACUGCUUGGUAGGACGGGGGUGCACUGUUCCCACGCCCUGCACGCGAGAAGCCCGCCUGGAAAGGCACCUCAUCUUCUGCGAGGGCCCUUCGGGCGCCCCCAGAGGGACGAAGGAGAACGUCAGCGUUUUGAGGUGCGCCCUGGAACACAAGGGGAAGGAGGAAGCGCGUGGGGCUCCCCCUGGUGGCCAUCAGUGUGAGGCGCGUCGGCCACGGCUCCCCAAAAAACGUUCAACAGGAGGAUGUAGAAAUCUGCAAGGUUUUUGCGAGAGAAGCAAGAUCAUUAAGAGAAGCGAAUCCCAGAAUCCAAACCAGGCAUUCGAGAGAGCUCCAGUCUUCAACUCUUUGGUUCAGCCUCAAUAACUGAGCUUCAAACAUUGAAGCGGCCACCUCACCUUCAUUGCCAAGAAAUCCUGGGC